UACACGACUUUUUACGAUCCGGACUUUUCAAUUUUCAAUGUUUUCAUUAUUAUUUGGGCAUUUGGCCUAUGGAGGCCUAAUAAAGUGUUUUGAGUUUUCACUUUUUCUAUUAAGUUUAACAGCAGGAAUGGGUUUGUGUUCCUACUUUCUUUAGUCUAGUUUUCGCGGAUUCGUAAUUAUUGACAUUUUGUUAAAGUUCAUUGUUUAUCACAACUAUUGGUCGUCGUGUUCGUUUCAAUUCAAAAUUACAAAAACCAAAGAUUACACCGUAAGAGUAACCACGUAUUAGUUUGUUUCCCGUGUUUGACGGUAUCAGUGAUAUCACCCCGAAGUUGUUUCGACGUCGUACUGUGGUAACGAGUAAUUAUUAUUAUUAUUAUUACUUAUGAACACCAUUUCUCAGACAUGGCCAUGAAGAGGACUAUUGACUUUCAUCUGAACGAUCAACGAAAAAAAGCCAAUCUAUAUAGAGCGAUCAAAAACGAUUUGGGUAAUGACUCUAGUACCGAUGAGGAGUCAAUGUGCUCAUCGCCUGCUAACUUAUUUCCUCUCAGUCAUUAUGUCAAUGACCCUGAACAGUUAAUUCAUCAAUUGUUUUCUAUUGUACGUGGUAAAAGACUUGCUCGACUUAUACCACCAGAACUUAAGGAUAUGACAUUUGAAGAGUUGAAAGCUGAUUGUUUAAUUCAGUUAUUGAGCAUGUCAAACAAGCGAGUGUUGGCUACAUUGGAAGGGAAAGAAAUGAAUUCUUCAUCAGACUCUGAUGAUUCUUUUGAUGGUGAUAAGAAGCAAAAUAAAUUAGAAGCAGAAAAAAAAGAUGCAAUUGGCCAAAAGAGAUAUCACAAAGAAAAACGGACGAAAUCUUCAAAAAAGAAAAAAAUUGAAACAGAUAGUAAGACUGAACAAGAGAAAUCAAAGGAAAAAGAAGGAAAAACAUUGUUGGAGAUUUUAGAAUUAGAAAUGAAAGCAAAGGCUAUACGUGCUCUACUUGGUCCUAGUAAAAAAGAUAACAAUACACAAAUUGAAGAAGCUAUUAAAAGCGAAUUAAUCGAAGAAAAAAACAAUGAAAACAAGAAUUGGAAUGAACGUUAUGAAGAAAGAGAAGAUGUUAAAGAUGUAGUUAAAACUAGCAAGUUGUGUACUAAUAUGAGACGUCGUAUGCUUUUACAUCAACAGAAAAUGUUGGCAGAUAGAGCAAAAUUGAAAGCUGCAGAAACUGAAAAGAAUAAACCUGAAGAAACAAUAAAAUCAAAAUUGGAAGAAAAAUUACAAAAUGUUUAUUUCAAAAAUGAUGGAGAGCAAUCAAAUGUUAAUACACUAGAGAAAAACUCUAAUGAAACUGUUAAAGCAUCAUUAAGAGAUUGUCAAACUAUUCAGAACACUGAUGUUAAACUUCAAGAGACAAAUAAUUUACAGAAGGAUAAUGUAAUCAAAAUAAACAGAGAUAAUUUUGAUGAUUCAAAUGAACCUACAAACAAAAAUAAUACCCAAGAAUCGACUGAUGAUGACUCACAAAAAAGUACAGAUUUUGAAAAAGUGUUAAGUGAGUACACACAGAAAAAUACUGAUUUAGAGGUAACUAUUAAUGAAUAUUCUAAAAAAAACUCUGAUUUGGAAGAUGAGAUAAAUAAAUGUUCUAAACGAAAUGAUGACAUGGAAAACACAAUGAAUAAAUGUGCACAGAAAAAUUCUGAUAUUGAAUUGACUAUUAAUAGUUACUCAGUGGAUUAUAAUGGCGUUGAUGAUAGUAUUGUUAAGCAGAAUGAAACAAAUAGUGAAGUGAAAACUGCUACUGGAAAAUAUACCCAAAAAAGUACUAACUUUGAUUCAAUGAUUAACCAAUGUCCAAAAAGUAAUGUAGAUCUUAAAGCAGUAGUUAAUGAAUAUGCAAAAAGGAAUUCUGAUAUAAUGACAUUGAUUGGUGAAUAUUCUCAAAAUAAUAUUGAUAUUCAAUCAGUUAUUGGUGAAUAUUCUAAAGGAAACCUCAAGUUAGAAACAAUAAUUGAUGAAUAUUCGCAUAUAAAUGCUAAAAUUAAGACUAUGGUUGAUGAGUAUUCAGUAAAUAAUAGUAAUGUAGAAAAAAUCAUUGAUCGAAACAACCGAAAACAAUCAUUAAUUGAUAAUUUAGUGGAAUCGGGUGUUGAAAAAGCUGUGGAUGCUAUGGAAACAAAAAAAAAUGAAAUUACUAAUGUUGUUUGUGAAUCCACAAUAUUAGAUAAUUUAGAAACUAAUAUUGUAUCAACUCACAAUUUAGUUGACGAAUCAGCCCAUAAAGAAAAUGAAAAAGCCUAAAGAAUUUAGGUUUUCUUUUUGGAAAAGUUGAAAUUAUUUUAACACAUUGUAGAUACUUAUUUACUAAAUUAUA